GAUGCAACCGAUGAAAAACAAUACUCUACUCAGUCACCGCCUUUCAGUUUCAGCGAGAAAAACAAAAUGAAAGUUGUUCUUCUUUCCUUUCGAUUAUUUAUUUUACAGCGAGUUUACAUUGAGAACAGUUUGACAGAGUUGCUAAUCGGAUCUUUGUAAUAUUUGGCACAUUACUAAAUACUUGAUAAGAACUACACUUACCGCAGACAAAGGUUAAAUAUUUAAUAAAAAAUACCUUGCAAUCGAUACUCUAAUACUAUUUUCAUUUCUGCGAGAAUAUAAUGUUCUGAAUUUCCUAAAUUUCCCUGUGGAUAUAAUACAAGUUAAAAUAAAACGAACAAACCCAAUAUGUCAGUAACUGUUCCCAUGUCUCAUUUGUUCCAAAAACCAAAAACAAAAACUCAUCAGCUGUUUUGUGUUAUGAAUUUAUUCCUAUUUUCUUAUUUGCACGUGAAUCCACAAUUUUGUUGUGGUUUUAAAUUAGAUAUUGACCACAUUAUGUUAAUUAAAACUAUUUUUCAAAAUGUUUUCGCUUCGACGAUCAAUUAAAUAUACUUUACAAAGUUAUAUUAAACACAAUGUGCGCUUUUGUAGCAGCAAUUUAAUUCGACAGACUGCCAAUGAAACCGAAAAGGAACCAAAGCUGUCCGUACGCCAAUCUGAAUGGAAUCUGGCACAGGAGAGAUAUGCUAAGCAUCCUCUAAUUCUAUAUAGUAACAAAUUGGAAGAGCAAGAAGAAUUUAUGACACCUCAACAAUUCCGAGCGUAUAAACAUAAAGAAUUAAUAAAUGAAAAGCUUACAUUACGAAAUCUACAAAAACAACCACUUAUACCUGAGCCACAGCGCAGUGUUAAGGUGGACGAUAACAGAGAUAACAAUUUUCCAAACAAUUGGAUGGAAGAUUAUGAAUUCUAUGAGGGCAACGACGACGAGAAACAUCCCCCUUACGGUACAGCCGACAAUAAUAUACAGCCUUCAUUAGUACCUUGUAGUGGUUGCGGAGCACAUUUGCAUUGUACUCGGACUAAUUUGCCAGGAUACAUUCCAGCCGAGAUAUUUGCUGGUCGCACGAAUAAAGAACUCCAAACCAUAACAUGUCAGCGCUGUCAUUUUCUAAAGAAUUAUAAUAUUGCUUUAGAUAUUGAAAUAAGUCCAGAGUCAUACGUCGAAACCAUAUCCCGGAUAAAAGAUGAACAUGCCUUAGCAAUAAUAAUUGUAGAUCUAUUAGAUUUUCCAUGCUCUAUAUGGCCAGGUAUAGGCGAUGUUCUUGGCCACAAACGUCCGGUGUUUGUCGUAGGUAAUAAAGUAGAUUUACUACCACGGGAUCAUAAUAAUUACUUGGAUCAUGCUAAAAGUUGUUUGAAAGAUCAAAUGCUGCAGUGUGGAUUCGACUCACUUAACAUUAAACACAUUGGCUUAAUUUCUGCUAAAACGGGCUACGGAAUAGAAGAACUCAUAACUCAACUAUUCAAAAUAUGGACAUACAAAGGAAACGUUUAUUUAGUUGGUUGCACGAAUGUUGGAAAAAGUUCUCUCUUCAAUAUACUUUUAAAUUCAGAUUAUUGCCGUCCGGAGGCUACGGACUUGGUUCGCAAAGCGACGACCUGCCCUUGGCCAGGUACAACUCUUCAAAUGCUAAAGUUCCCUAUACACAGACCUUCAGAUAUAAGAAUAUAUCGACGUUUUCAGCGGCUAACUUCCGAACGUUCACAGAAGUACGCUGAGCACGCACUUCGGCGCCAGAAAGCACAAAAAACUGGCGAUAUUAACACAGCUCGUCUUGUUGGUAAAAUUGGUAGGACUUUCGUUAAGAAUGAAGAAACUGUUGAUGCAUUCGCUGUCAGAACCGGAACACAACCAAUAGUUACGUUGAAUGAAAAAGAUCCACGAUAUCGUGAGGCUAAGUGGUGUUACGACACACCGGGUGUAAUGCACCCAGAGCAGUGUACAGAAUUGCUUACAACGCAAGAAUUGCAGCAAUUGACACCUCAUGGUAUGAUUUUACCUAGAGCUAUACGUCUCAAACCGGGUAUGAGCCUCUUCCUAGCCGGCUUAGCUCGUUUGGAUUUCAUAGAAUGUAAAUACGUUGAUAUUGACUGGGUAAAAGUAAUUGUAUUCAGCUCUUUACACCUACCUUUGGUUAUUGCUCAGACGGAUAACGCUGAAAAUAUGUACAAAGAAUACCUUGGCACGGAAGUACUCGGUCUACCAUACGGCGAUGAGGUACGUCUAUCUCGUUGGCCAGGCUUAAAAAGUUCCAAUGAAGUUAUUCACCUUAUAGGUAAGUAUGAGGAUGCAAUCAGCUCCGAAAUAGUUUUGUCAUCAGCUGGUUGGGUGGGACUAAGAGUCCCUUAUGCCAGUGAUUGUACAUUCAAAGCAUGGACACCUCAUGCCCGUGGUAUUUAUGUACGUUCCCCACCAUUGGUACCAUACGCAGAACGCUUGGUGGGUAAGCGUAUACGAAACUCUUUAGCAUAUAAUCUAGGAAAGUCAUUUAUUUUCAAAAAAUAAACUAUUCUUCAUAAAAACCAAUA